GCUCAUCGAUCCUGUAGAAUCACCACUUCACUGCUACAUUACACUUUUCCCUACGACGCUACCACUCUACUACUACACUACUACAAUUAACACUACACUACACUACAAGCACCCGUACCGACACACGGCUGCAUUCCAAGUGGGAGGUGAGACGAGUUAUGGGGAGUUAUUUCGUUGACUUGUCACCAGGUGACGCUGUUAUCGUUACUGGAAAAAUGGCGAUGUUCUUCUUCAUUCCGCUUCGCCUCUCCUUCAAAUAACGUCCACCGUUUCAUAUUCACACUCUUCUAUCUCCAGAAAUGUCACCUCUCCACUGAACUUAAUACAUAACGCAUUGGCUGGAAUACACACAUAUAUAUAUUAUACUCUGUGUGUCUCUCUAUCAUACAACAUUGGACUGGGUAUAUACAUAUAUCUAUAUAUAUAUGUAAUGUCACUUCAUUGACUGGGAUAUAUAUAUAUAUAUACACAUAAUAUAUACACACACAUAUACAUACGUAUAUAUAUUGUCUCUGUCGUAAAACGCAUUGGAUUGGGAUAUAUAAAGCACAGUUCUUCGCUAUAUAUAGUUCAUAAUUUAUUAGUUUGUGUGUAGUGUUGUCAUUGUGGCCGUCUCUUCUCUCUGAUGGAGUUGCAGUAAUGGAUAUAAAGAAGAAACUGAAGCUGUUGAUAGGCAAACAGGACAAUGUCCAGUCCCCUACAGAUGAAGCCGUCAUCAGCCCUCAACAGUUGAGUUCCGACCCAGCUGUAACAAAAUCUAAAGCCGAACAGUUUCGGGAUCCCCAUGUGGAUCAGGAAAUACUGGAAAGCAUUGAAUCCUUUUAUUACAACUCUGAACAGUUUGACACCAGUGAAUAUGAACUAAAGAAAUUACCUGAGACAUUAGAACUAAGCCAGAUUGAUGCCGACAGAGCAAGAUUAAGGGGUCAACUGGAUGUGGUGUCAAGGAAGGUUUAUGAAUUGGUACUGCAGAACCACCCUGCCUAUGUCACAGAACUACAACGUGUCAUGGAAUUACAGAAAACCUUGCAAUCAGCAGGUGGGAUAUGUACCACAGGACGAAGCCAACUACUGAAAGCCAGAGAGAGUUUCACUGCAACAAGUCUUGGCUUAUUGGCAAAUUACCGUAAACGAAGCCAACUAAUGUCGUUACUUAAGUCUCUACACACAAUCAAAACAUUGCAAAGAACUGACUUAAGGUUGCGUGAAAUGUUAGAGGAAGAAGACUAUAGCGGUGCCAUCCAGUUAUGUCUAGAGUGCCAAAAUGCUGCCAGUACCUUCAGACAUUACCAUUGUAUCAGUGAACUGAACUUCAAACUCCAAGACACUUUGGAACUCAUCGAAGAACAACUAGACGUAGCAUUGUCAAAGACCUGCAACAGUUUUGAUGUUGCUCACUACAGCAAGGUCCAGACGGCCUACAGACUUCUGGGUAAGACACAGGUUGCCAUGGACCAGUUACACAUGCACUACACCAGUGCAAUCCACAACACAGCGUUCACAAUCGUUCUGGGUUACGUGGAGCUCUACUCUGGCACCACCUCAACCAACUUUCAGAAAAAGCAAUAUUCAGAUUUAUGCAAACACAUCACCGUGGAGAGUUUUACUCCGUGCCUCACUGACCUCUGCAAAGCAUUAUGGGAAGUGAUGAAGUGCCACUACAAGACAAUGUUGUGGCACAAACAACACAAUGCCGACACACCAGACACCGAGCCACCGUCCAACAACGAGGAACUAUCAUUCAACCAACGUUAUGUUCAGCAGAAGCUCCAGCAUGGCAUGUUGCGUAUCUGGCAGGAUGUUCAACAGAAGGUGAAGACCUUCAUCCUGGGAACUGAUUUGUCUUUCUUUAAAUUCGAGGAAUUCAUUCUGGUAUUGGAUCUCGUUAACAGAUUAAUAGAAAUUGGUGAAGAGUUUUGUGGCAGCAAGUCUGAGAGUCUGCAAGAUGUCCUUCGACAACAAAGUCUUAAUUAUUUCCGCAACCAUCACAGAUCCAGAAUGGAUGAGCUACGGAUGUUCCUGGAGAACGAAGGCUGGGAGUUAUGUCCGGUGCGAUCCAACUUCAACCUACUUCAGCUUUUGGAAUUCCGAUUUAUGCAGAACUGGAAUUUAAACACUUCCAGCAAUUCCUCGAUGUGUAGCGGCAAUCAGUUUGACACGAAGGAAGAAGUAGGUGGUUACUUCAGCAAUUUAGAAGAAAAACGAAACCCAUUUGAUCUUCAGCUUGAAGAGGAUGAACAAGAAGAUGUCUUUGCUCGAACACUGGACCGAGAUGAUCUCGACGGCAGCAUUGGCAGUGACAGUGACUCUGAUGUUGCGGAUGAACUGAAGCAGGAAUUUGUCGAUGAACACACUGGCGACAUGCAGUCACACAAUCAUCGACCUCGUGCACGGAGCAGAAGUGGAUUGAAAUCUGUAGCCAUUGUUACCAACACUUCUCUGAAUAUACUCCGAGUUAUAGGGAGAUACAUGAAAAUGAUGAACAUUUUGAAGCCGAUUGCCUUUGAUGUGAUCAGCUGCAUGUCUCAGCUGUUUGACUACUACAUGUACUCGGUCUACAUUUUCUUCAGUUCUGAUGGGCCAGAAAUCAAUGACGUCACAAUGAAGAACCGACUGAAAAUCACGUUACAAAGAGUUGGUGAAAGUUUAAUUGCUGAUGGUUCUGUGUCAGUUGGCAAUGGAUUGGUGCCACCCGAGAAAACGGACAAGAUCCGCCAGGCCUACCUCUCACCAACCGUCAACCUCACCAAUCCUCAAAAACUAUUUGGUCUUUCAGAGAGAAUCGUUGCUGCUGAAUCACUUGUGUUUCUGGCCGAACAAUUUGAAUUCCUGCAGCCAUACCUGGACAGUAUGAUUCCAGUCAACAAGAAAGCAUUUCUCCAACAGUUUUAUUCACAAACUGUGAAGAUGGCAAGUGAACUGCGUAAACCAAUCUACCGUGUUGUGUCGUCGCAAGUGAUUGAUUACGGAAACCUUGUCCAGCAGAUGUCAGCAGUGAAGUGGGAUGUGAAGGACAUCAUGUCCCAACACAACACUUACGUUGACAGCAUCCUGGAAAGUUUCCAAGACUUUCGUAAUCGUCUUCAUGAAGUUAGUCGUCAUGUCCCGGUCUCCAAGGUUGUCCAUGACAUCAUCUGGGAACACUGCAUAUCGUUGGCCAAUCGUAUGUUUGUUGAGGGCUAUGCCAACGCCAAGAAGUGCACCAAUGAAGGUCGUGCAUGGAUGCAGCUGGACUUCCAACAAUUCCUCACCAAACUUGAGAAGUUUGCUGACAUCAGACCGAUUCCUGAGAGAGAAUAUGUCGAGACUUACAUCAAGGCUUAUUAUUUACCUGAAGCACAACUUGAGAUUUGGUUACAAGACCACAAGGAAUACUCAAACAAGCAGCUGUUGGCUUUGAUCACAUCAGUGGACCACAUUAACCGUAAAGCACGGCAACGAUUGGUGAACAUGGUGGAGGAGUUUGACAAAACAAGGAGAUGAUGAUGACGAUAGUGAUAAUCAUUAUAGUGGUGGUGGUGGUGGCCAUGUACGUUUUUAUGUGAGGAAAAAAUAUGAUCUGAGAAGAAUGUAUAUGUCAUAGUUAAUAGUGUAGAAAACACCCUUAAAACAUUAACAGGUGUGUGUAUAU